AUGGCACCUAAAAAUAUGUAUUCGAUUUUGCUGCCGACUUACAACGAAAAAGAAAACCUUCCAAUCAUCAUCUGGUUGAUUAUUAAGUAUUUGACAGAAAGUGGUUAUGAGUUUGAAGUGAUAGUUAUUGAUGAUGCCAGCCCAGAUGGUACCUUGGAUGUUGCCAAGCAACUACAAAAGAUUUAUGGCAGUGAUAAAAUUGUUUUAAGACCAAGAUCUGGAAAGCUAGGCCUAGGCACAGCUUAUAUUCAUGGCAUUCAACAUGCAAAAGGAAAUUUUGUCAUCAUAAUGGAUGCCGAUCUUUCACAUCAUCCAAAAUUUAUUCCUGAAUUUAUAAGAAAGCAGAAGGAGAAUGACUUAGAUGUGGUGUCAGGGACACGUUACACGGGAUCAGGAGGGGUGUAUGGCUGGGACGUCAAGCGCAAGCUCAUCAGUCGAGGAGCAAACUACUUGGCUCAGAUUUUGUUACGUCCUGGGGCCUCGGAUCUUACAGGAAGCUUCAGGUUAUACAAGAAGGAUGUUCUGGAGAGGUUAAUUAAGAGUUGUGUGUCCAAAGGUUACGUGUUCCAGAUGGAGAUGAUUGUAAGGACCAGGCAGUUUGGCUACUCUCUGGGAGAGGUUCCAAUAACAUUUGUUGACCGAGUGUAUGGGGAAUCCAAGCUGGGAGGCACUGAAGUGAUUUCUUAUGCAAUGGGAUUAUUGUAUCUAUUUGCAACAACAUGAUAACAUUGUAUAGCCUAUAUUUGAUGAAUAUAUGAUAUAUGAAUAUGUGUCAACAUUCAGUGAACUCUCUGAGUUUAGUCUACAAGGAACUUAAUCUACAUUGUCAAAAGUCAUUUUACAAUACA